ACUUCCGGUGAUUUGCGGAGGCGGGAGAGGCUCGCGUGCUCUCGCGAGACGGGAAAGAGCGGAGGGUUUGAAACAUGGCGGACGACGUAGACCAGCAACAAACUACCAACACUGUAGAAGAGCCCCUGGACCUCAUCAGGCUCAGCCUGGAUGAACGAAUUUAUGUGAAAAUGAGAAAUGACAGGGAGCUUCGAGGCAGAUUACAUGCUUAUGAUCAACAUUUAAAUAUGAUAUUGGGUGAUGUGGAAGAAACUGUGACUACUAUAGAAAUUGAUGAAGAAACAUAUGAAGAGAUAUAUAAAUCUACAAAACGGAAUAUUCCGAUGCUCUUUGUCCGGGGAGAUGGUGUUGUACUAGUUGCCCCUCCAUUGAGAGUUGGCUGAAACAAAGAAUUUGCCCUGUGUGGAAUAUAGGACACUUUGUAUGAUUGCCUCUUUAAAUGUAGAAGAUACUCAAAAAGAGAAACCUUCAUAAAUUUUGAUAUUAAGAAAUGACCAAGGAUUCCUCCACUCCUGAAAGGAGUUGAUUUGCUUAUAUCUCACAAAUUCUUAAGAUAAAUGGUAUUUUUAUUUUUCUCCAACCCUUUCAAUAAAUGUGAUCAACAAGA